CAAAAGAAUCGAUGCUAGAUUUUUCACAGAGUCGAAAUUCGUUCACGUUCACGAUUUUCCAUUUUUCCACAAGAAUUUUAAUUUUAUAAAGUUGAAAGUUGAUCGAUCGUUUAAUUACGAAAUAUUCUCAGGUAAAGCUUCCUUCAUUUACCAAAAGCAACAUGAAUUCGCAGUACUUCGGAUUCGAAGAUGAGGAAAUCGUCGAUACAGUUGAAACGAUCGUAAGACCAACAAUACCAGCAGCAGCUAUUGCCAGAACUCCGAUGAAAGUUCCAGCCAACUCGAGUAAAAUAUCAAUUUCCGAAAUUCAGGCUUUAUUGGGCAAAGAUCCGGCAGUCGAAGAGUCAACUUUGGAUUCCACUUUGAACGAAUCCAGCUUUUAUGCCGAUGAAGAUACUUCAAUCAAUCAGUCUCAGUUGGAUGCCACUAUGGAUGAAAGCUUCACAGCAGACGACUCAACUUUGGGUAACAUCACCGUUGUAAAUGGAAAACCAAGGAAAAUCAUCAAAGCUGAAAGGAAAACACGCAAAGCUUUAGCAUCUAUCGGCGAUAAUAACGAAAAUCCUUCAACCCCUUCUACGCCGGCAAAUAAUUACAAGAAGCGUAUUCCUCGAAGUGGUACUAAAAAUAAAGAAAAUCAGCCUCCUAAACGAGCCAAAUCUGCGAAGAAAAUUGAUCCGGAUGACGACUGUGACGAGUUGGCCGAGCAAUUAUUGAAGAAACGAUUUCAAGAAAUCGAAAAUUACCAAUUGGUUGUCGAGUAAGCUUCUGAAGCUGUGUACUUUAUAAUUGCCAAAAAAAACGAACUGAUGAAGGUGCCAUUUAUCAUUAUGAUUAUCAUACCAAUGCGUUCAUUAGUCAUUUAUUUUUAAGAUAUAUUUCGCAAGGUUUAAGAUUGCUCUAGUAUUAUUAAUUCAUAAAUGUGAUGAAGUUAUUAUUAUACGAAAUUCCUACCGAAAAUUAUCUCAGGUCGGUUUGAAAGUAUUUUAAAUUGUAAUGUUAUGUGAUACUAUUCUAGUUGCACUAUACAUGACAAGAGCGAAGUGCCCUGAUCUCAUCUGAGAUAUAAUUGUUUUGCUCGUAAUUUAGAUUUUUUUAAAUUAAGCUAUUUUAUAAUUAAUUUUACUACGUUUUUCUACUUCGUGAUCGUUUAUAUUUUCUCCAGUUUGUAUAAUAAAAUUGGCAAAUUUUUGAAAAA